AUGCAGUUUAUAUAGAUUACACUCCUAACUGACUUACUGUGUUUGCAUGCUUAUGUACAAGAAUUGAAGCUAGACUCAAGCAGGGGCAGAUUGUGCUGCACUGUGAAUGUAAGCCGUGUAUAUCCUGAAUUCUGGAAUUACCAUUUUCUUCCAUGAUUUAUUUGGUGAAGGAAGAAACCCUUUGUUGAAAACAAUAAAAACAACUUCAUUUCUGAACUCACAAACAGGCCUUAAGAUUUUAUUUACAAAUUACUUCUUUUUUUUUAUUUUUUUGAACGGUAUAAAUGCCAUGAAUCCCGCCCGUUCAUCAAUGAAAUUGAUUGUUUACACAGCUCCAAUUUUCUGUUAUACACCUAGAAUUUGUUUUUCAUGCUGCAACUUUAAAGACCACUUAAACAGAAAAAGGUUAACACUUAACCGGCCAACACCUAAAGAGGGAAAAUGGCAGUCAAACUGAUUAACUCCUUGGCCAACAAUGACCACACGACUAGGCAAAAUUCAAGCCUAUGUUCCCAAUUCUAUGCUCCUAUAAAGACAUUUACAAACAAGAGAACUACCGGACCCCAUUCAGCCUAUAUCAUUUUUGGCCAAAAUGAAGAGGGAGGAUUGCCAACAUGGCAUGUUUAGGACUUAUGAUGUCCUACCAUCUCCAUGGAACCCGGAACCCGGAACACGAUCCGGUCAAAGACUUAGUUUGCCUCAGGUUACCGGAUUAUUUUCCAAUGUGCCAGCAAAGGCCUGCAACCAUUCCAAGUUUACAGGGAAAUGUGAUAGGACACAAUGUCUUGAGAGUCACUUGAAUCCUGUUAGUAAAUCCAAGGACAAGACAAAGGGUACUCAAAAGUUUAGGACAAGUUAUAAGGUUGUAAGUCCUAGGUUGAUUACUUGGCGGCGCGUUGUAGACAGGCAACCCGGAUUGAGUGUUUCCGGGUUUUCUUCCAUGGGAAUUUUGGAACAUCUACAUAGUGUUAAUGAAGAUGAUGAGAUUGGUCAUCAUGUAAAUGAUGUUCAUGAUGACUAUGAUGAUGGUGGUCCUUGUGGUCUUCUUGAUGACGAUGAUGAUGAUGAUGAUGAUUCUAUGGCAAAUAUUUGGUCUCUACAUGAGAAAGAAAAGGAGAGAGGAGCAGAGAUUGAAGAAUAUGUUGACGAUGAUCAUAACAUGGAUAGUAACUAUGACGAUGAUGAUGUGAGUUAUUGUGAUGUGGGGUUCAUGCUGGACCAAACUGAGGAAGAUGAAGGCUGGUGUUUAUUGAGAGAAAUGUGA